AUGGAUGAAGCUGCAGUAGUUACAACAGAAUUCGUCAAUAGCUUGGAUAAUCUACAAGAGGAAUUUAAAUUUAUUUUGAAUGAAAUUAGGCUGAGAGAUGAGUCGUCUACAGAGAUACGCGACGGAAUAUACGGUAAAGAGAUUGAGUUGAAUACGGCAAUGAAAGGUAGUAAAGAUGUCCCAGAUGAUACUUUCAUAAACAUCGAAUACGAUAAACUUGAGAAACUCUCAAUUGAAAAGCUAGAUUGGUCAAAUAAGCUCAAGAUUCUAAUCGAUAAACAUGUCAAUAGGGUUAAUGUGGAUUUGAAUACUGUCCAUAAUCUAUCAACUGCUAAUGGUAAUGUUAAUCCCAUGUCACCUGCUACCAUCACUUUUAAUCAAGCUCCACAAACUCCAACUCCUGCUUCAUCGAAUAAGCCUGGACAGUCAAUCAAUACAGCAACAGCAACUACAGCAACAGCAACAACCACAUCAACCAACACACCGUCCCAUAAAAGACCAUCAUUAUCUGAAAAAUCAACAACUCCUGCUCCAGAUUUACCACCUAAAAAGCGUAAAUUGAGUGCUCUUAAUCCGGGUAUUAACGGUGGUAAUAGUAAUGGUAUUAGCAAUACUAGUAGUAACGUUAAUAACACAAGAAAACACCGUCAAUCCUCCAAUAAACAAAGUGAAAGUGAUCUAGAUGAUUCAUCUAAUGACCAGGACCAGGAUCAGGACAAUGACAACGACAACGACAACGCCAUUGACAAUGACUCACUGACUGAUUCUAACAAAGGUGGUGGUAUUGGUGAGGCAGACGAAGAUGACGCUGCUUAUUGCUACUGUCAGAAGAAGUCAUACGGUAAUAUGAUUGGUUGUGAAAACGACGACUGUCCAAUAUCAUGGUUCCACUUUGGUUGCGUAAAUAUAAAACCACCAGAGCCAGAUGUCUGGUAUUGCACAGAAUGUAAGAAUAAACUUGGAAUACCCACACAAACGCCAUCAAAGAAGUUAUUACAAUCGAUAAAGAAGAGAAAGUGA